GCACAAUUUUGUACUUAUCGUUAGUAGAACAAUCGUCUUGUUUGCAGUGAUAGUCUUUCUUUGCGCUGAAGGACUUCGUUUAAUUGUGAAUAAAUUAGAAGCUGCAGUAAAUUAUUCUGGAAAAUGUCAUCAACUGAAGGGAAAGUUAUCACUUGCAAAGCAGCUGUUGCAUGGGAGGCGAAAAAACCGCUUGUCAUCGAAGACGUAGACGUUGCACCUCCUAAGGCGCAUGAAGUACGUAUUAAGAUCGUAGCUUCCGGUGUAUGUCAUACCGACGCAUACACUUUGGGUGGAUUUGAUCCAGAAGGAGUGUUUCCUGUUAUACUUGGACAUGAGGGCGCUGGUGUUGUAGAAAGUGUUGGCGAAGGUGUUACCGCAUUCAAACAGGGUGAUCAUGUUAUUCCAUUGUACAUUCCACAGUGCAACGAGUGCAAAUUUUGCAAGAGCAAUAAGACAAAUCUCUGCCAAAAGGUGCGCUCUACUCAAGGCCAAGGAGUCUUGCCGGAUGGCACUACGCGUUUCACUUGUAAAGGACAGAAACUCUUUCACUUCAUGGGCACAUCGACAUUCUCACAAUACACCGUAGUUGCCGAUAUUUCACUCUGCAAGGUUGACGAAAAGGCCCCACUUGACAAGAUCGGACUUUUAGGUUGCGGCAUCCCUACAGGUUAUGGUGCUGCAAUCAAUACUGCUAAAGUGGAACCGGGUAGCAUUUGCGGAAUUUGGGGCUUAGGCGCUGUUGGUCUGGCUACCGCUAUGGGUUGCCGCAAAGCUGGUGCUGCUAAAAUCUACGGCAUUGAUAUCAAUUCCGAUAAAUUCGAAACUGCCAAGAAAUUCGGAGUUACCGAUUUUAUUAAUCCCAAAGAAGUCGCGGAUAAAGGACCCAUUCAGAAUUAUAUUAUUGACCUCUUGGAUGGCGGUUUCGAUUACAGCUUUGAGUGUAUUGGUAAUGUGAACACCAUGCGUGCCGCACUGGAAGCGACACACAAAGGAUGGGGCACGUCUGUUAUUAUUGGUGUUGCAGCAGCUGGACAGGAGAUCAGUACGCGGCCCUUCCAAUUAGUGGUCGGUCGUACAUGGAAAGGCACCGCUUUUGGUGGUUGGAAGAGUGUCUCAGACGUACCAAAACUGGUGCAAGAAUAUUUGAGCAAGGAAUUGAUGGUUGACGAAUUCAUUACGCACACUAUGAGCUUAGAAGCCAUUAACGAGGCAUUUGAUUUGAUGCAUGCCGGCAAAAGCAUCCGUGCCAUUGUAAAAUUAUAACACAUUUAAUAAAACACUUUUAAGCCUAUAAUUUGUGGUUGUAUACAAUACUAUUCCCAUCAGUAAUAUUUGUAUUUAGAACUAAAGAUAAUAAAAUAUAAUCUUUUCUACAAUA